AUGAUUGAUAGAGGAGUUCAUGAAUUACAUUUAAAUAAUAAUUUAUCUAUUGGUCAGAAUAAAGAUUCAUCUAUUUUUGAGUUAUCAUCACAUCCAAUCGCACUUUUUUUCUUCUUUUUUUUUCGUUUUUUAGCCAUAUUAUUAUACUUGUUUGGGUUUUUUAUUUUUCGAAAUUUUAUUUUGGUCUUUAUUUUAAUUGUCAUUUUUUCUGCUUUUGAUUUUUGGACGGUUAAGAAUGUUUCAGGAAGACUUUUGGUUGGGCUACGAUGGAGGAAUGAAAUAGAUGAUGAGGGUAAAAAUAUAUGGGUUUUUGAAAAUGCGAAUCUUCAAAAUAAACAAAAUCCUACUGAUUCUAAGAUCUUCUGGCUUGUCCUUUAUUUAACACCUAUUAUAUGGGGUAUUUUUGGAAUUAUUGCUAUUUUAAGAUUUAAUUUUAUAUGGCUGGUUACAGUGAUUAUUGCUUUUUCUUUAAGUGGAACAAAUGCAUUGGCAUUUACAAAGAAUGAAAUAAUUUUAUUUUUUAUAUUUUUAUUAAUAGUUUUGUAG